ACACCAUUUUUCAAUUAGGGACACAAGGAGCACUCUGUCACAUCUUAAUUUGGGGUCCAGCUGAGCACAUCAGAGGAACAAGCACAUUACCAACCCAACGUUCCAAGGGCCUGUGGAUUUUCUGGCUUUUACACCCAAUUUCACCUCUCAUUGGAACUGAAAACAAUAUCUACAGGCAUGACCAGCAAACUGGUCUUCACUGUCCUAUUUGUGACACUGUCCUACGCCCAAUCCUCAUACGCGACGGUUCCAGCAAACACGACAGUGCCCGCAAACGCGUCAAGGCCAGCAAACCCCCUGCUGCCAGCAAACCCCCUGCUGCCAGCAAACUCAACAGUGCCCGCAAACGCGACGGUGCCCGCAAACGCGACAAGGCCAGCAAACCCCCUGCUGCCAGCAAACUCAACAGUGCCCGCAAACGCGACGGUGCCCGCAAACGCGACAAGGCCAGCAAACCCCCUGCUGCCCGCAAACGCGACGGUGCCCGCAAACGCGACGGUGCCCGCAAACCCCCUCCUGCCCGCAAACGCGACGGUGCCCGCAAACGCGACAAGGCCAGCAAACCCCCUGCUGCCAGCAAACGUGACAGGGCCCGCAAACGCGACGGUGCCCGCAAAACCCCUGCUGCCAGCAAACGCGACGGUGCCCGCAAACCCCCUGCUGCCAGCAAACUCAACAGUGCCCGCAAACGCGACGGUGCCCGCAAACGCGACAAGGCCAGCAAACCCCCUGCUGCCCGCAAACGCGACGGUGCCCGCAAACCCCCUCCUGCCCGCAAACGCGACGGUGCCCGCAAACGCGACAAGGCCAGCAAACCCCCUGCUGCCAGCAAACGUGACAGGGCCCGCAAACGCGACGGUGCCCGCAAAACCCCUGCUGCCAGCAAACGCGACGGUGCCCGCAAACGCGACGAGGCCAGCAAAACCCCUGCUGCCAGCAAACGCGACGAGGCCAGCAAACGCGACUGGAAGCAACAUCACAACAGCGUCUCUCUCUCACCUGAAUACUGACAGCACAGUAGAAACUCUUCAGACACCUCUUUCUCGGACCGGAUGUGGUACUACGGUGCUUUGUGUGGCUGAGCCCUCAAGCUGUGACCCCUCCAAACGUUCCUGUUUCUUUCUGAAGGCCAAGCAGACUAGCGGCAAUAACUUUGAGUUUGGGCUCUCUGGAGAGUCGGACGGCUACAUUGCCGCCACCUUUUCACCGGACGCCACACUGGGAGGAAAUGACCCAACCUAUGUGUGCGCAAAUAACGGAGGUGUUGUUAAAUUCUUCAGCACAUUCCUCAACAAUGGGCAGCUGACUGUGACAGUGCUGAAUGUGAAUUCUGUGAAAGGCAAAGUCAAUAAAAGAAAUAUCCAGUGUACAUUUGCUGCUGCUGUACCAGCCCCAGCUGCUAGAGCUUCCAAUUCUGCACUCGCAGUCUCCACUGGAUCGUUCAACAGCACUAGUGGUAUCCUGGGAAGCCCGAUUCCAAGAAUACAGAGUUCUGUUCUAGACUUGGCGAAUCCCAACGUCACUGUCACUAACAAUGCUGCCGCAAACACCACCAUGGCCCCCAACUCCACCAGCCACGCCAUUACGUUCCAUCAAUCUUUGACUCAAGUUGUGCUGAUCACUGUGGGGGUGCUCAGUCUGGCCACGUUCUGAGGAAACGGAAACCCCCGAGACGAAGCAAGGACAAAUGAUUGUUAUUUACUGAAAGGUGCGAUGACAGAGGAUGACCACACUUCUACGGGCUUUAGACUAUGUUUCCUAUUGAAACAAAAAAUAUUUUAAAGAGUUUUUCAUUCAAAAUGUAAUAAAUUGUUUUAUUUAAGAUUAAAGGACUGCUGGAUUUCUGUCCUGUAA